CCUGCGACUGCGACCCCGAGGGCUCUCAGUCGGGUCAGUGUAAGGAGGACGGUCGCUGUGAGUGUCGCCCGGGCUUCGUCGGCGCCCGCUGCGACAUGUGCGAGGAAAACUACUUCUACAACCGCUCGGCCCCGGGCUGCCAGCAGUGCCCCUCCUGCUACAGUCUGGUCAGAGACAAGGUGAACCAGCAGAGGCAGAAGCUGCACGACCUGCAGACUCUGAUCGAUAACCUGGGCUCGGGUCGGGACACGGUCAGCGAUAAGGCCUUCGAGGAUCGCAUGAAGGAGGCGGAGAGAGCCAUCAUGGAGCUGCUGGAGGAGGCUCAGACCAGCAAAGACGUGGACCGAGGCCUGCUGGACCGUCUGAACAACAUCAACAGCACUCUGACCACUCAGUGGAACCGGCUGCAGAACAUCCGCAACACCGUGGACAACACCGGCACGCAGGCCGACCGAGCGCGCAGCCGAGUGCGAGAUGCCGAGGACCUGAUCGAUCGAGCCCGGCAGGAGCUGGACAAGGCCAGGGAUGCCAUCAGCAAAGUGGACAUCAAAACACCGAGCACCGGUGAUCCAAACAACAUGACGCUGCUGGCUGAGGAGGCGCGCACACUGGCUGACAAGCACAAGAUGGACGCCGACCAGAUCGAGAAGAUCGCCAAAGACGCCAACGACACGUCGACCAAAGCGUACAACCUGCUGCUGAAGACUCUGGACGGAGAGAGCAAGACGAGUCAGGAGAUCAACGAGCUCAACAAGAAGUACAACGAGGCGAAGGAGCUGGCUAAGAAUCUGGAGAAUCAGGCCAACAAGGUUCAGGCUGAGGCUGAGGAGGCCGGGGACAAGGCUCUGAAGAUAUUUGCCAACCUGACGAGCAUCCCGGCGCUCGACACCAAGGCUCUGGAGGAUGAAGCCAAAAAGAUCAAGAAGGAGGCGUCGGACCUGGACAAGCUGAUCGACAAGACGGAGAAAGAGUACAACGACCUGAGAGACGACCUGAAGGGCAAAGAGCAGGAAGUGCGCAAACUGCUGGACAAAGGCAAAAGUGAGCAGCAGACUGCCGAUCAGCUGUUGGCCCGAGCGGACGCCGCCAAAGCUCUGGCAGAGGAGGCGGCAAAGAAGGGUCAGUCCACGUUCAGAGAGGCGGAGAGCAUCCUGGAGGAUCUCCGAGACUUCGACAAGCGUGUUAAUGACAACAAGACCGCCGCUGAGGACGCCCUGAAGAAGAUCCCCGAAAUCAAGGCCAUAAUCAUUGCUGCCAACGAUAAGACCAGGCAGGCGGAGGCAGCGCUCGGCAACGCGGCCAACGACGCCCGAGACGCCAAGAACAAGGCAGAGGAGGCGGAGAAGAUCGCCAGCAACGUGCAGAAGGGCUCAGCUAAGACCAAAGAGGACGCCGAGAAGGCCUUCCAGGAAACCAACAAGCUGGACGGGGAGGUGGACGACAUGAUGGAUCAGCUGAGCACCGCUGAGCGGGAACUGGCCAGUAAGAAGGCCGCGGCGGACCUGGACAUGAUGAUGGCGGGGAUGGCGUCAGACAAUGCAAAGGAGGCGGAGGACAACGCCCGCAAGGCCAAGAGCGCCGUCAAGACCGUUCUGAGCACCAUCACCGCCCUGCUGGAUCAGCUGGGAAACAUCGAUAAGGUGGACCUGAGCAAGCUGAACCAGAUCGAGGAGUCCUUGAAGAGCGCCAAGGGCAAGAUGGCCAACAACGAGCUGGACAGGAAGCUGAGUGAGCUGAACGACGUGGCGAGGAGCCAGGAGGACCUGAUCUUCGACUACGACCGGCAGAUCCGCGAGAUCCGCAGCGACAUCCUCAACCUGGAAGACAUCAAGAAUACGUUACCUGAGGGCUGCUUCAACACGCCAUCCCUGGAGAGGCCUUAACCCCGCCCACCUCCUCCUCCUCCAUCCACCUCCGACACUCCCCCGUCACGUCUAACACUCUGGCAAACACGCCGCCUUUUACCAAAACAGUUUUUUAAACUUUUUGUUUCAGAUUAUUGUCUUUGUUUUUCUUUUCAAGACAGAAGCCAAUAUUUCAAGUUCGUAGCGAAGCGGAAGCAGCUGUUUCUGUUUUCGUCUUUGGUUUUUGUUUGUCCGAGACGCAGUAACGUGGUUUCAAUAGCACAAACUAAACGGCUCAGAGAUGCCGCGCAGAGAGGUGGAGGAACCUCGGAGAAAAUCCAGAACCACAAACCCAACGUGACUGCACCGUCUGCUCCGACCGAGGAAGUUUCACUGACACAGAAGCCGAGCGGAGAGCUCCUCGCUGCGACAAACGUCUCCCGUUCUCUCGCUGACCAGCCAUUUCCCAUCAUGCCCCGUGACACACUUCAGAGUUUGGCAGUCCUCAGCCGGCUGAAUAUACGGCUCCACACUGUUUGAACACUCCUUUAUCUUCAGCCAUGUUUUCAGACAGCACACAGUGAAGGACUCUUUACUCCCAACGCUGCGACUCGGAGCGCGGAGGAGAAGCUCCUUUCUUCAGCAGUAUUUCAUGCCACACGCCGCUGUGGCAUUCAGUGAUCUGCACACGCUCUGUCAGAGCCUAGAAGCCUCUGAAGUCCAGAAAAAAAAAGCUUUCAGAUCUUGUGUGUGCCAGAUAAAUGAGUAUCCUGUUUCAACAAGGUGUGGCUCAUGGCUCAGCGUUAGAAGAUCUUUUCUGUUACACUCCAGAUUUUUUACUUGCGUGCACCAAAAUGUGAAAAUUGUGCAUGGAAGACAAAACCUUACACACGCCAGGUAUCAUCUUGUUUCACACGACAUAAGUAUCUUGCUCCCAAGAUCCUACAAUCUUGUUUCUGUGAAGGCAGGGAUCUAAAGUUUAGUUACCAAGACAGUUUCUUGUUCGUGCAUUAUGUUACAUUGUGCUCGUGUGAGAUGGAUCUUGUGGGGAAAUGAUGGCAACUUGUGCACAUCAUCUUGGGUGCAGAAAAACAUGAAAUCUCAUUGCAAAGAUCCAUAUUUUAGCAUCUUGUAGAAGUGAUACCUUGUUUUUGCAACACAGAAUCUUUCUCCGUAGGUACAAGAUAUUUUGUCUUGUGCGCAAGAUAUGAGAUUGUGCACGUAGAAUAUGAAUCUUGUUGAUGAUGUUUUGUGCACAGAUAUGGAUCUGAUGGGAGAAAAGUGAAUACAUUUCUAAAUGUUCUGUUGUUAUGGAUCUUGCGCUUGUAUGCGCAAGAUGUCACUCGUACAAUCUAGAUGUCAUCAAGAUAUAAGUUUGUGAAUAAUAUUAGCUGAUAUCUUGUUACCAAGAUCCAUAUUUAAUGCUCUUAAGUUAGUCUCCUAUUACAAAGAUAUCUUGUUUUCAGUAUCUUGAGUCGUAAGAUAUAAUGUCUCAUGCACAGGAUAUUAAAUUGUGACGAGGAUAUGGAUCUUGUGUGAACAAGAUGGUAACAUGUGCACCAAGUAUGCCAUCUUUAAUGCGCAAGAUAUCACCUUGUACCCUCAUGAUGUCAUCUUCAGUGCACAAGAUACGGAUUUGUGGGAAGAAAGGUUAACAUCUCGCCACCAAAAUCCAUACUUCAUGCUCACAAGUCAACAUCUCAUUCAAAUAAGAUAUUUUCACAGAAACAGGAUUUUUAGUUGGAGGUUGAAGAUAAUAUGUCUUGUGCGCAAGAUAUUAAAAUAUGCACAUAUCUUGUUUCCUAAAGCUACAAAUCUUGCAUGGUGACUGAAAGAUGUUAAUUAGGAUACGGAUCUUGUGGGAACAAGAUGGUGACUUGUGCACCCACUACUUUUUUCAGACGUCAUCUUGUGUGCUCAAGAUAGAGAGCAUCUGGUCACGAGGAGCCAUAUCUUGCACACAUUAGCAUCUUGUUUCCACAAAGUAUGCACCUCUGGUUUCAGAGAUAGAAGAUUUGAGAUCCUAAAUUGUUCAAAUAAGAUUCGGAUCUUGCGGAGUAAGACGCAAAGGUGUGCUCGAGAUAUCGUGGUGAUUUGAUGUCCGUAACAAGUUGUGAUCUUGAAUGUAACAGGAUCUUGUUCUACCCCCUUCCAACUGGUUCAAAGUCUUUUUGUAGACAUGAAAGUGAGUCUUUCAGGACUUCAGAAGCUCUGUCUGACAUUUCUCACCGCGGUCGAAGUCCAUUUCAUGAAACAGACGCUCAAACAUUUCGUUUUUAAUCGUGCUGCUUUUUCACCCGAGGUUUUUUUGUUUUUUUUACCGAUCACACAUUAACAUUUUCUUCCGGGCUAAAUCCAACACUAUGCAACUUUGUACAUUUGCGUAGCGAGAAUUUUAUCUGAUACACUGGUGCUAAUAAUUAUUUCAAAUGUUAUAUUUUUGUGUGAAUGUUUUUUAUUAUGACAUAGAGUGAGGACUUUGUUCUUUGUGUAAAUAUAUGCUUCAAUGAUUCAGGACUGGCUGAUUUUGACGAAAGACAAAUGCCACCACGCAGAACGGCCACGUACGUUAAGUUCGAUCACAAUCAAUCAACUGAAACCUCCAGGUGAAAUAUAUAUAAAUAUCUAUGAUAACGUCUGUGCUAUGUUAUUAUUAUAAUAUGCUUGCUUGUAUACAUGGCUCAGUGUUGCUGCCUCAAAGCGAUGCCAAUAUUUCGUUUGCGUUUUAUCGAUUCUCUGUGGGUGUUCACGAGUUAAUUCAACCUAACUGAAAAUGUUUUUUUAGUUCUUUUGACCCUUGUUUUUUUCCAAUCAGGACAUGUUUUAAAGGGGGGGGCGUCUGCUGACUCACGGCUCAUUUCACUGAAUGAAUCUGAAGAUGACUUCGCUGCAGGAGUUUAAUUUAAUGUUUUUGUGCCUUAAUAUAAAGAGCAGUUUAAAUCACUGCCCUGACGACGUUCCAUUUCACAAAAUGUUCCUCGUUGUCCGCCUUCUCCUCAUGAUGGUACUGAGGCAGGGUGUUUUUAGAAAUCAGGUCCUGAAGAGAGACCACUUGUAAAUCUGAUCCGAGUCGAGCAGGCGACAAACAAACACGAGCAGAGCUUUUAGUUGUCUUAGUUUUGACUCUCCACUGGAAACUCCUGCAGAAAUAUUCAAUGUUUGUCUGAGCAGGACGAUCCUGAAUGUUCACUCAGCUCCACACACUCACUGAUUUGAGAUUCUCCUCCCUCCAUCCGGACGGCCGCUCUGCAGGAUGUGCAGCACACACCCACACACACACACACACAUACACACCCACAUACACACACUCACGAUGUAUGAACAGUAUUUUAAGUUAUAAUAAUGUACCAGGUAUUUGUAUUGUAACCCUGUUGUCGAAGACGGUGGUGUGCGUGCUGCACAGCGAGCAGAGCCGUCUGCACUGUGCUUUUAUUCUCACGUCAGGUUUGCAGCCUUGUGAGGACCUGAACGACGACCCUGUUUGUUCACAUGUGCCUGUAAAUCCAAACUUAACAUUUGAAUAAUAAAAAAAUUACUACAGGAACA